AUGCGUGCAGUUAUACAAAGGGUUCAUAAGGCGGCAGUGCUUGUCGGCGAAGAAUUGAUCUCAUCCAUUGACCGUGGAAUCUGCGUUUUGAUUGGUUUGAAUCGGGACGACAGUGACGAGGAUGCGGAGUAUAUUGCUCGGAAGUUGGUUAAUGUGAGACUUUUCGAGAAUAAAGAAACUGGAAAACGAUGGGAUAAAAGUGUCAAAGAUAUGCAAUAUGAAAUCCUAUGUGUCAGUCAGGUAAUAUCUUCGAUAUAA